GUCCUAACUACCUCCACCCCCGCACGCACAACUGGCCGCGCCAAGGCAAAGCUAGAAGAAGACAACGCAAAGGGAGAGGACAGAGGAGGAGCAGAGGACGAUGGGCAGCGGCGGCGCUAACACUGCCCCCCUCCUCACCCCCUACAAGAUGGGAAAAUUCGAUGUUUCCCACAGGGUAGUCCUCGCACCACUGACGAGACAGCGGUCCUACGGCAAUGUUCCUCAGCCUCAUGCCAUACUGUACUAUCAGCAGAGGGCGACUAAAGGAGGUCUUCUGAUCGCUGAGGCCACGGGGGUUUCAGACACUGCUCAAGGGUACAAGGACACUCCUGGCAUUUGGACCCAUGAGCAAGUCGAAGCAUGGAAGCCGAUCGUAGACGGGGUUCACCAGAAAGGAGGGAUAUUUUUCUGUCAGAUUUGGCACGUAGGGAGAGUCUCCAAUUCCACUUUUCAGCCUAAUGGGCAGGCUCCAAUUUCAAGCACCGAUAAGCCACUAAAGCCUCAAGUGAGAGCCAAUGGUAUAGACGUGGCUACUUUCGCAGUUCCUAGACGCUUAGAGACUGAUGAAAUCCCUUUGGUCGUCAAUGAUUUCAGGGUAGCUGCUCGAAAUGCGAUUGAAGCUGGAUUUGAUGGUGUCGAAAUCCAUGGAGCUCACGGUUACCUGAUUGAUCAGUUUCUAAAGGACGGGGUCAACGACCGCACAGACAAAUACGGUGGCAGUCUGGAGAACCGCUGCCGGUUUGCACUGGAAGUAACUCAAGCCGUGGUCGACGAAAUUGGAGCUGACAAGGUCGGGAUAAGGCUGUCACCAUUCGCUAGCUACUCGGAGGCGCCGGACUCAGACCCGGAAGCUCUGGGCAUGUACAUGGCGAACGCGCUGAACGAGUUCGGGAUUCUCUACUGCCACAUGGUGGAGCCGCGGAUGGUGAAACUCGGUGAAAAGUUCGAAACCCCCUACAGCCUUCGCCCGAUAAGGGACGCUUUCAGGGGAACGUUCAUCGUUGCCGGCGGCUACGGCAGGGAGGAUGGGAAUCGCGCGAUCUCCACUGGGUAUGCUGAUUUGGUCGCGUUCGGGCGCGUGUUCUUGGCUAAUCCUGACCUGCCUCGGAGGUUCGAAGUAGACGCUCCCCUUAACAAGUACAACAGAGACACGUUUUACAUCCCUGAUCCGGUUAUUGGAUACCUGACUACCCAUUUCUUUCGUCAGAUGUAUAAAUGUUCUCUUUUCAGCAAUCUGCUUUUUAGAUUGUGUAGUAACUGGUUGGUGUACCAGUAAAAUAUUAGACGAAUAAACCAUUGGUCUGAAUGCCUCAUUCUCAUAUAUAUGGACAAAAGCAAUAUGAUCGUUGU